CAGAGUCGUUGAAGCGAGUGAUUCAGUACCGUCUAUACAACGCGGUCAGACGGUCGACAAAAUGCGAAUUCCAUUAGUCAUUUUCAAUUUAAUAUCAAUAUGUUAUUGUAAAGUUGAAUUCAGUGAAAGAGCAAGAAACUUUAGUAUCGAAUUAUUAUAUCAUACCGCUGAAGAAACGAAAUGGCACACGGUGAUAUCACCUUUCGGUGUGUGGACAUUACUGACAUCGGUGUCAAUAGGAGCAACGGAUACAAGUCGCAAACAGCUGGUGGAAGCUUUAAUCCUGCCGAAGAAACAACAAGUCUUGAUCGAUGGGUACAAAAAGCUAACCAACGCAGUCUUAAAAACUGGUACACCUGAAGUUGAAUUAAAAAGUAGAAACUUUCUAUUCGGCGACAGUAAUUUUUUAAUGAAAAGCGAAUUCACGAAAAGCGUGCAGAGAAAUUUCGGUGCAAUCAUUAACAGGUUAAAUUUCAAAUCAAACACGGCAGCAGAUACGGCAAAUAAUGUUAUAAAAAAUUCCGGCCUCAAAGUAACCAAUGUAUUUAAACCUAACGAUUUCGAUGAUUCAAAAAUGAUAUUAACAAAUGUUAUAUCUUUUAAAGCAUAUUGGAAGACACCAUUCAACGUUUCAGACACAAAAGUGUCACCCUUUUACGAUGAAAAUGGUAACAAAGUUGGUGACGUGAACAUGAUGUAUUUAGAAGAUACUCCCCCUUAUUCUAGUUUCGAUGAAAUCCAAGCAUCCAUUUUGGAACUUCCUUACGGUGAUGAAGACGAAAGCAAAUACUCUUUCCUUGUAAUCUUACCUGAUCCAGGUACUACUGUAGCUAAUGUAUACAGUCGUUUAACUGAUAUUAGUCUGGAUGAUAUAUUUGAAAAACUAGCAAGUGAUAUAGAAUUAUACGGUAUGACUUCAGUUGUUAUAAAUGUGCCGAGAUUUAAAAUCAGUUCAAACUUUAUACUGAACAGGCCAUUAUUUAAAAUGGGUAUUAAAGAUAUUUUCGAUCCAGGUGCAGCUAACUUUAAAGAUAUAACUGAAACUAAUAAUGUAUUCAUAUCGGCUGUAGUACAUAACGCUGUGAUUGAAGUGACCGAAACUGGUACAGUAGCAUCAGCCGCGACGUACGCAUAUUUCGCAGAUAGAGCAAGACCAUCUGUUUUCAAUGCGAAUAGACCAUUUAUCUAUAUGGUGCUUGAAAAAACAACAAAUACAAUUUUAUUCAGUGGUGUUUAUACAAAGCCAUCGAUCUUUUAGCCUUUUAGAUAAGUGUAUGAAGAUGUUAAGUUGUUAUCUAUUGUGACGUCAAUUUAUAUUGUAUAAUAAAAAAUAAUAAUCAUUAAGAAGUGUACAUUUUAGUUUUAUAUAAAUACUAGCUAAAAAAACUCUAAGAAAACUUAAUAUUAAUAUUAGAGUAAACCCCCAAUAGAGGGUCAAUUAUUACGUUAAGUUUUCCUUCGAUAUAUUCGAAAUGUUAUAAAAUUUUAAUCUGGUAACAUUCUCAGCAUGUAAGCUAUUGACAGCAAACUUAAUAAAUUAUUUAUACUUUAUAACUAGCUGUUGCCCGCAACUCUGUUCUGAUCCAUGCACCCGUUCUGGAGAUACCUUCAAACAAUCAUCCAUCCAUCUAAACAUUCGCAUUUCUAAUAUAAUUAAGAUUUAAAAUCAAUAAAGAGUACUAAA